GUGUUUUAUCUGAGAAAGAGGAAGUUGGAGGAGUCCACAGUGAAACUCGCUUGACUCGAGACUCCCUACCUCUGCAGAAAUGUUGAACGUGGGCGACACCACCCUGAUAAAUGGAGGCAAAGGAUGGGAGAAGGCUGCUGAUCCGCACUACAGUCAAACAAACCAGCGGGAUGGAGGAAGACUAUGUGCAGAACGCUUUGCUUCAACUUCUCCGACAGGAACAAUUGAGAUCUAUCCGGAUGUCCCGCUGUGUGGUCCUGACUCUUCUUCUGGUUUUAGCGGGUUUGGCUCUCCUGACCGCGGCUGAGCUCCGAGGACGAGGUCAUCCAGCGGGCACAGAGGACACGAUGCAGCCUUACAGCCAUUCAGCAGGCCUCAUCGACUUACAAGAGCAACCGAGAUCCUUCAACAGUCCAAGUGCCAUGCUGACCGCUCCCAGAGGUUGCCAAAGUGAUCUAGGACUUCUUGAAUGGGAGAGUGAAGAUGGAAAUGCUUACUGUCACGGAGGAUUCAGCUACUCCAGCGGGAGCCUGGUGGUGCCCAUACCAGGCAUCUACAGAGUCUUUCUGCAGAUCACCUUUGAGAGUGGGAGAGAGGCGUGUCGGGAUUGGCUGAAACUCACCAACAUCGUGUUUGUGUCCCGGGACAGUUAUGUUAAAAAUGUGUCUCUCCUUUCAUCAGUCGACACGGUGAUUUGCAGCAAGGAACCGUGGUCUAAAUCUCUCUAUACAGCCGGCCUGUUUUCACUUGAAGCUAACAGCAGGUUAAUUGUGAAAUCCUCAAAUCCUGGACUUAUCGCCAAGAGAGAAGAACAGGUGUUCUUCGGUGCUGAAUUUGUGCCUUAAUAAUCAGUCUGGAUGACUGGAAUAUAAUCUGCUAAAUCAGAUUUUCCUUUUUGGGGGUUAUUUGCACUUUUAACUCAUAGGAAACUUAAAGCUGCGGUUAAGUUUUACUUUUACUUUUGCUGUUCAUGAAAAGGCUGAAAGCUACUAAAGAACUUGUGAGCUACAAGUAUCUGCACGACUGCAGGAUCCCUUUCUCUCAGUGACGUUAUAAACUGCAUAAUUCACCCCUCCCAAAGACACCCUGCCGCCUUUACGUCGAUUUAGUGUUUAUUUUCCUACCAAAAUGAAUUUGGCUGAGGAGACUAAAUCAACUGAGGUAAAUUCCCUUUAGGUCGGUGUUUGAUCAAAGUAGGCAACGUGAAAAGUUCCCCCCUAGGCUCUAAAAAUAGUGAAAAAGGUAUCCUGAUAAUGGCACCAGUAGCACGCUAUACAGAGGCGCUGCUAUAAAGCAGGCAACAGCUGGGGCCCCUGAGGGCUCACAAAGUUAAACCAAAGCAGUGGAACAAAUGUGCAAAUUUUGCAAUGACAGUAGGAAACCUCCCUAACGGGGCCCAUCAGACAGCACUCACUCUUGUUGCCCUGCUAAGUGUUGCAUGAAUUUUUCCAGUGAAACUAAAAGUUUGUCAGUGAAAGUCAACAAAGAAAAAGGAAGAGGAAUUAUCCAUCGAUAGGAGAGAAAAAAGAGGAGGAGGAGUAAGCGUCGGGACACUAGCAGACAUGAUGGUGAUGAACUCUGGUUGGAGGGCCCCCCUGUCCUCAUGGGCACACACUGUACUAGUACUAGUGAAUGUUUUUACAAGUCAUCUGUUUUUAUUUCAUGAACAAUACGUGUUAUCCACAGUAAGGCGAGAUUCUGACCUGAUUAACAGGUUGUGACAGGCAAAAGACAUGUUGCAUACAAUGUGUUUUUAAGAUCAACUGCCAUAAUUUGUUCUUGUUUAGUUUUAUAUUUGGUUAAUUUCAGUGUUUGGAAUUAAUUUCCUGUUUUAUUUUUUAAUCGUCCCUCAUGUGGCUUUGAUCCCUGUGUGUGCAUUUCCUCAAUCUUGUCUUACUUCCUCCCUUUGCCUGGUUUCCCUCCAUGUUGAUCGCCCUGAUUGUCUUCUCCUGUGUCAGACUACACCUGUGUGUUGUUGUCAGUUCAUCAUAUCCUUGUAUCCCUGAGUCUGCAGUGUGGAUUCCUGGGAACUUCUGGGUUUUACCCAGUGUUUGGAUUUUGAUGGACUAACGUCUAAAAGUAGUCCUUGUUUUUGACUUUUGCCUUUUUGUUUACAAUAAAUCUCUAUUUUGUUUUCCUCAA